AUUUGUUUCUAAAGUCCGCCGCAGGCUGAAUCGCCACACUCAUUCCCUUAAGACCAUGUUAUAAAGGCUAUUGUCUCCUUCUUUGCAUUUCUUUUUUGUUUUUGCAUUCCUGUCAAAAUGGAUUUCGAUGCCUUACGCGCUCAGACGCUGCGGUCUGGCGCUGAUGAGGAGGCGGUUACCGUCAACACAAGAGCGUUGAUCGACAAAGUGUUGGCUAGAUAUUCAGGAGAAUGGACCGUCCUCAGAGAACUCCUGCAGAAUGCUGCAGACGCCUCAGCCACCAAGAUCACAGUCAAGUUCGAGACACUACCCUCUUCCACCGUUCCUCUACCCGCAGAUUCGUCCCCAUCCAGUCUAUUGAAGCAUACAGUGCAGCAUCAUACCUUGAAGAGACUGGUCGUUACAAACAAUGGGGUCCCUUUCAGUGAAAAUGACUGGAAUCGGCUGAAGAGGAUAGCCGAAGGCAACCCAGACGAGACCAAGAUUGGUGCGUUCGGUGUGGGAUUCUAUUCUACAUUUGCAGACUGUGAGAACCCUUUUGUUUCGUCAGGUAAAGAGGCAAUGGCAUUCUUCUGGAAGAACAACUCCCUCUUCACGAGACGGCUGCAACUACCAGAGUUCGAAGCCAGCUCAGACACAAACUUCGUGCUGGACUAUCGAGACACUACAACUCCACUCCCUUCACUCCUCCCACUAGCACAGUUCCUCGCCAACAGUCUGACAUUUGUGGGCCUGGAGAAUAUUGAGCUUUGGGUGGACAGUUGGAACAUUCUGUCUCUCAUGAAGAAGACGUCUCCGAGUUACGACAUUGCCAUUCCUCGUGACAUCGAACCCAAGACGAGCGAAGGUUUCAUGAAGGUGACCAGGGUGUCGAAAGAGAUUGCCCAAAUUGAUGGACAAUGGAUGGCCAUUGUAGGAUGGAAGGCCACCAAAGACACAGCUCGUGCUGCCGACAGAGAUGCUGCUCCGUCGUUUCGCAAGUUCUUCUCGCGACUUGCUGGGACUGUUUUGGAAGAGACCCAACCUGAGUCUAGGCCUGAGACACCAGCCAACACCGACUUACUCGCCUCAAAAGUUUCCGCCACAGUGUUUCUGAAUGUCAACACCGCGACGAUCAAGACUUUCACAGGUCAAAAAUUCAACGAAGAGCUCGAACGUGCCACCAAGAAACCACCACCGAAGUUCACAAAGCUUGCCAUCUUGACAGCGCCAUACGUUCCAGAUGGGAGUCUCGCAAAGGCCUCAGCUGCUGGCGAUGUUUUCGGCACCGUCUUACCCGGUAAAGGAGGCAAGAUAUUCAUUGGAUUUCCUACUCAUCAGACCACUGGCCUGAGUGCUCACAUCUCGGCACCAUCAGUCAUCCCAACUGUUGAACGAGAAUCCAUCGACCUGAACGCAAGAUACGUGAGAACUUGGAAUAUGGAGAUGUUACGCGCUGCUGGCAUUGUUUGCAGAAUAGCUUGGUCAUGCGAGAUGCAGGAGAUCAAGGAAAAGACACUGCGAGAGGCCAAUGGCAGAUCUAAAAUUCGGAUCGAAGAAGUCAGCCCAUUCUUGGAUGAAGCCAUCACAAUCUUCAAAAACUUCACUUUCCGAGAGUCGACUCCGUCAGCAUCAAUAGGCCAGCUCUUGGAAGAUGCUUUUUGGACAUGCAGCAAACAAGCAUCGAUCGAGAUCGUUUCGACUUGUGGUGUUCUACCCACUCAUGAUGUGCGCAUAGCGCCAAAAGACCUGAGUUUCAUGAAAGGCAUUCCUAUUCUACCGGAAAAGCUGGCGUCAGAGGCAAAGGUCCUCGUCAACAAACUUGUAGAUUUCGGCCUCAUCACCGAAGUGACCGUCUCAGACAUCAAGAUGGCUUUGGAGUCCAGCCCUCUCACGGUGGUCCAAGUUUCCGAGUUCCUCUCGUGGCUCACAAAACAGGCAUCACAGGGGCAGCUUGACAUGAAUACCAUCAAGAGCCUUCUUUCCGUGGCCGUAGUCAAUGAUGAGAGCGCUCAAGGCAAUACAAACCCACUGCUUCAACUCGGAGAAAUUCAUCAUUUUCUCAAUGCAAGCAGAACACCCGUUCACCUGCCUGUACCAGCCACAGUGAUGCCUUAUAAAUUCACCAAAAGCAUGAGCAAGAACGAAUUAGAAAGCCUGGGCUGGGAAGAGUUACAACUUGUGCCUUGGAUGCGAUGGCUUGUAGCGCAAUCUGGAAAUCGACAAGUCCUUACCGAAGAUCAAGACAUUACAAAGUCCGUCGAGUUCAGCACUCAGGUACUGCCACUUCUGUCGAAGCAGUGGGACUCUCUGAGUCAAUCCUCGAGGACGUCCCUGGUGGAGUUGCUGGCCAAGCAGACGGUCGUACCCACCAAGUUUGGCAUGAGGAAACCAGGCGAUUCUUACUUUCCAAAUGUCAAGCUAUUCGAUGACCUCGCAACCAUUCAAGGCCUUGGUAACGUCAAAGAUAAAUUCUUAGUGGCUAUAGGUGUCAGAAAGACCGUGGAAUUGGGUGUCGUUUUCGAGCGACUGCUUUCGAUUGAUCCCAAGUCAGCGAAGAGCGACAGCAGCAAGCAGCCUCAGUGGAGUCACAUUGACCUCAUUCGCUACCUUGCGUCUGUGCAUGACGAUAUCCCGAAGGCCGAUAUUCAGAAACUACGGAUCACUCCAAUUUGCCCAAGGCAUGUCAAGGAUAAAGAGGAUGGAGAUCCUACGAAGUUGUACAAGGUCUCGGAUCUGUUUGAGCCGCGCCAUGAUUUGCGCGAACUUGGACUUCCGGUCCUGGCCUGGCAGGGUCCCUACCGAAGCAAUACCUCUGAGGGAAAGUUCUUGAGUCUCUUGGGCCUCCGCACCACGCCUGCUGUCGAAGAGCUUGUCAAAAUUAUGGCUACUGCUGGUAAGAAAGGUCCUAGCUAUAAUCUCGACCUCCGCGACAGAACUUUGGCGUACUUCCUCUCGCAUCAUCAUUCUCACGGCUACGGGGGCUACGACUAUUCAAGCAUUGCGGUGCCAUUCUUGCCUCUGGAUAACAAACCUGACGAACUUGCUACUCCGUCGCAGUGUUUUGCAGAUGGAGGCUCUGCGCUGCUUGGUUUUGACGUAUUGAAGCGCGACUGGGUGCCGCAUGCCGCAAAAUUUGGUGUACGGCUUAAUCCCCCAAUGGAACUCUGCAUCAAUGUACUUGCCAAACGGAUCCCCACCACAUACAACGAUGCCCGUGCCGUCUUCACCUAUUUUGCUGGACGCCUGGCUGAGAUCAAUACAAGCAAUAUUGCAAGACUUAGCGACUUGCACUUUGUGCCUAUCUUUUCGAAGAACAAGGAGAAGUCGGCGCCCAAGAUGCACACAUCACCCCGUAACUGCUUCCUGGGCGAGAGUGACGUCUUCGGUGAAAUCUUCAACUAUGUUGAUUUCGGCAUCGAAGCAAAUUCUUUCCUGAUGAGAUGUGGCUCGAAGCAAGAACCGACUAAAGUCGAAAUUGCUCAGAUCCUGGUCAAGGAGCCGGCCCGUAUCUCGGCUACAUUUCGCAACGUUGAGAAAUACAUGGCUCUGCUGCGUAGCAUGGCUGACAGUGCAAAGGAUCUCAAAAGGAACAAGGAUCUUUGGAGUGAAAUGAAGAGAGCACCUUUCUUGCUUGCAAGUAAGGAGCUUCCUGCUGCACAGCCUGGUGUAGACAAAGACGCCGGCCGAGAGGAUGAUGCGGACAAUCUUGAUGAGGACGACGCUCAAGGUAUCCGGGAGUUUCAAUUAUGCAGUGCUCAGGAUGCUAUUAUCAUCGACGACUACCUUAACUACAACUUGUUCAAGACAAACAUUCUGGCUGCACCUCAAGAGGAAAGUUUGGAGGAUUUUUACUUUGUUUUAGGCUCCCCGUUGCUCAGCUCAUUGGUCGAGGAAGCGGCUCGUCAUGGUCCUCGAGCACCUGACCAAAAACCUGCAGAGAAAUUGCAGAAACAGAUACUGGAACGAUCCACCUUGUUCUUGCAUGAGCAGCCUCGAGAUACGAUCAAACAUGACGCAAGAUGGUUGGAGAAGAAUGUCUCCGUUCAACUUGUAUCCUCGAUCUCGUUGAGACGGUCUCUAAAGGGACGAAAUGUCAGCCACACCGAGAAGCGUACUGCUGUUGUGACACAUGCCGACCGUCAGUAUACACUUUGGAUUACAGGAGCAAAGCCGGAUCUGUAUCAAGUAAGUCAAGCCUUGGUGCAUAUCCUGCUUAAUCGACCAAAGCUUCAUUCGGCAAUCACUCUGGAAAUGCUGUUGAAGACAGAUCUGCUUGAGCUCCGUGCCCGCGGAUUCAAUGUCUCACGUAUCCUGCGUCAGAAAGCGGCUGAACAGCGUCUGGCCGAAAGCAAGAGACAACAAGAACUCGAGGAGCAGCAGAAGCGGAUCGAGGAAGAAGAAAAAGCAUGGAAAGCGUCACAGGAACAAGCUACAAGAGAAAGGUCUCAGCGCAAGCAGCUGCCAGGAGGCUUUCCAGACUCGCCAGAUAAUCGGAGCCUUACGCAAGUGCCGGAUCCUCCUACGCCCACGAUUGAUGAUAGCCAUCGAAGACAUGGCCGCAACCUGUUCAGCAACCUCUCGCGUCAGCUUGGACUCGGCAACAAUCGCCACAUUCAGUCGAUGCUUUGCCAGAAUGUUGACGAAAAUCCUGAUGCUGGCGCUGAUACUCAGAGAGCACUUACCAAUGGCGAUCAAGAACCACCUCCACCAUACCAGUACAAUCAGCAAGGCGGCCCUCCUGACACUGUCGCCGCACCUCACCAACUACGCGAGAACCUGCUCAAUGCCAUCAAAAAGUCCCGUGCGCAUAAUUCCUCGGACAUCUUCAACCCAGGCGAGACCAACGUUCUGACAGAAAAGAAAUCCUACUGCGACGAGCGGCCUGCGCACGAUCUCACCUUUGUUGCGGACAUCAAGUAUGGUAUUCAGAUGUACCUGUCGCCUUCAAGCGUGAGUAACUCGUCGACUUUUCUGCAGCAGCACUCCGCCGGCCUGACAACUUUCGCGAACCUCCUCAAGGGUGUUGGUGAAGUGUUCAGCCUCAACCCGCGAACACUGAACAUCUUCUUCGAUCCCUCAGGCAAGACGAUUGGCUUCAACCGCAAUGGCAGUAUUUUUUGCAACUAUCGAUACUAUUGCGAUCUGCAUGAGAAGGAUGCUAGCGCCGAUGGGUAUGCGGAUGCGUUUGUGUACUGGUGGGUGAUUUUGUGUCACGAAUUGGCGCAUAAUUUGGUCGGUGAUCAUAGCUCGGAGCACAGUUUUUAUACCGAGGGGUUCGUCGCGCAGUACUUUGCACGGGUUGUGAAGGUGCUCGGCAACCAGCAACUGGGAAGGUCAUCGACUUCUGACAGAACGGCGCCGCUGGUUGAGAUCUGAAUGUACAGGAAGUCGGAGUAUUGUGAAGGUCUGGGUAUCGAAUGGAAUUUCAGGGAUAGAACCAUUCGCGUGUAGAUUUUCAUGAAGCACAGCGUCGGCGUUGGGUUUGGAUUUGGAUUUGGGAUAAGAAUCGAGGGCGUUCAUCCAUUCAUGGAUUUCCACAGCAAGAGUGUACUCUAGCAUUGAUAGAAGUAUGGCAUUAGAACGUGC